UUUUGUAGAAUGUUACAUGAUGUUAGACUGUCUGUGAAAAUUACUGGGUUGUCUAUAUUGUUUUCUUGUACUAAAAGUAAGGCUUUUUCGAUUGCUAUCAGUUCGGCGGUGGUUAUGGAGGUGAAAUUUUUUAAUCUAUAGCUAUAGUAGUGAUGUUGUGGUUUGUUUUUUAUGUAUAUCCCUAUGCCUACUUUAUUUCCGGCAAUGCUUCCAUCAGUGUAGAUGGUGGGUCUGUUAUUUUCGUACUUGUUCAUGUUUUCAAUGGAUAAGUGCCAGACGUCAACAGCUGUCAUCCAAGCAGACCACGCCGCUUGCGUCCGCGCUUUUUGGACUCUUUUCUCUCUCCGAUUGCCAUUUUUAUCGCGUAUAAAACGAAUUUUGUAAACCCGAAGUGUUUUUUUAAUAAACCAGUGAACUCACAACAGUAAAUACAGAACAUUUGGUGUCAGAAGUUCCGGAUUUACGGUCCACAGUCUGUAACGUACAUUACCCUUGUGAGAGAUUCACUGUGAGAAGAAAAACAUACUUUAAAAUGACGACACUAGAUCCAUCGUCUAUGGCUGCGCUAUCCCACAUGAUCGCGGAAGCCCUAAAAACAGCCAUCGGAUCAGCGGCAGGGGAAGCACGCCAAGAUGCAACACCCUCGACGUCACGGGCACCGUCAUUUUCUCAUCCAACUUAUCGCACCACCGAAGGGACCGUCUGCGACUAUUUCGACCGAAUGGAAUGGGCCCUGCAGCUGAACGGUAUCCCUACCGAAAAGUACGCCGAUUACGCGAGAGUCCACAUGGGAGCCGAGUUAAACAACGCGCUAAAGUUCCUGAUUGCACCGAAGCUACCGCAAGAGAUUCUGUACAAGGAUCUCCGGAAAAGGCUCGAAACGCAUUUUGACAAACAGCGCAAUAAGUUUGUCGAAAGCAUCAAGUUCCGGCAAAUUACGCAGCAGCAAGGGGAAAGCAUCGCACAAUUCACACUACGCCUGAAGCAGGGAGCUGCUCAUUGUGAUUACGGAGAGUUCUUGGACCGCAUGCUCAUCGAACAAUUGCUACACGGACUAAUGGAACGUGGUAUUUACGACGAGAUUAUCGCAAAGAAUCCAGUAUCCUUUAAAGAUGCAUGUGAGAUCGCCAGCACGCUGGAAGCAACACACAACACCGCGCAGGAGGUAAACGCAGGGAUGCCGUCCGUCGAAUCAACUAUUGGAAUUAUAGUAAGCCGUAUUUGGGUUAUGAGUAAUUUAAUCAUAGUAACCUAUGAAUUUGUGUAGUUAUAAGUUUUGGUAUGAAAUACAAUUCAUUCUGUUUCUAACCGUA